UGGAUGCAGCCUAGCGACCUUGAGCCACAGCUAAUAACCCAAAUAACAUGAAGGAGAAAGAUCACAUCGCGGAUGUUUCCUCCCUGACAAACUUCCGGUUGUUUAUGUGUGAUGACGUAGAAACAAGAUGGAGUCUUUGAAGAAGCGUGUGGCCGAGUUUUCACAAGAGGCUCAUGAUCUGUAUCUGAACCAAUCGGUGCCUUUCCUGGAGGGGUCACCUGAUCCGCUGCAGUUCUACCGCGACUGGAUUGGUCCAAACAAGCCCUGCAUCAUCCGCAACGCCUGCAGCCAUUGGCCGGCUCUGACCAGGUGGACGCCGGAGUACCUGCGGGAGAAGGUGGGGUCAAAGGUCAUUACCGUGGCGGUGACGCCCGACGGCUAUGCCGACGCGGUUAACGGGGACCGCUUCGUGACCCCCGAGGAGAGACGCAUGAGCUUCUCCUCCGUGCUCGACGUCAUUGAGGGGAAGGAGCACGUGGGCGUGUUCUACGUUCAGAAGCAGUCCUCCAAUCUUCUGGAUGAGCUCCCGGAGCUCACAGACGACCUCGAGUCGCACGUUCCCUGGAUGAGCGACGCGCUGGGAAAGUUACCAGACGCCGUAAACUUUUGGCUCGGAGAGGCGAGCGCUGUGACUUCCAUGCACAAAGAUCACUAUGAGAAUCUGUACUGCGUGAUCUCUGGGGAGAAGAACUUCAUCCUGCUGCCGCCCACUGACCGACCUUUCAUUCCUUACGGUGUGUACCAGCCGGCCGUUUACCGGCAGCGGGAUGACGGUGAGUUUGAGGUCGUCAACCAAAGCGACUCGGAGAAGGUACCGUGGAUCCCUCUGGACCCUCUGGAUCCAGAUUUGGACCGGUACCCCGAGUACCGGAGAGCUCGGCCACUCCGCUGCAGCGUGAAGGCCGGAGAGAUGUUGUACCUCCCGUCGCUGUGGUUCCACCACGUGCAGCAGUCACAUGGCUGCAUAGCAGUUAACUUCUGGUACGACAUGGAGUACGACAUCAAGUACAACUACUUCCAGCUGCUGGAGGCGCUGUCUGAGGUCACACGGCCGCCGUGACCUCACAGCAUGACAUCAUCGUGCGUGUGGACAUGACAGAAAUAAAGGUUCCUCCAGCGUG